AUGUUUAUAAUAUCGAGAAAUUUCAGUGUUUGCAGAUACCUGGCCACAUACAGAAACAGGUUACUUAUCGGACCCCAGAUAUCGAACCUUCGACGUUUUUACAGUUCUCCAAGCCUGAAACGUUUCAAUAGGGCAGAGUCGCUGAAUUCGUCAGCUAAAAUUUCCUCGGAGACAUUUCAGGUCAAUGGUGGCGAAGACUUAACCAGUGAAAUUUCAGUGCAAGAUUAUUCUUCAUCCGAACCUCCACAGGAUGCUCCACUACGUCCAGCAUGGGAUAGAGGGGGAUUGACAAAAUCAAAUGCUUUGACUCCAUUACUAGCGUCUAUGAGAAAGCUCAUUGAUGCCAACAAGAAUAGUGUGUGCUUGGUUCAGGUGGGAUCAUUCUACGAGCUCUACUUUGAGCAGGCAUCUACAAUUGCACCAAAAUUAGGCAUCAAAGUGGCACUACGGAAGACCAGCAACCAUACUGUACCAAUGGCAGGGUUCCCUGUAUCACAACUUGCCAAAUUUGUCAAAAUCUUAGUCCAUGAUCUCCAUUACAAUGUGGCCAUCAUCGACCAGUAUCCAUCCCAGUCAGACACACUAAUGCACCGAAAAGUGUCACGCGUGGUCACUCCAGGAACACUUAUUGACGAAUCGUUUUUAAACUACUCCCAGAAUAACUAUUUGGUGGGAAUUUAUAUCCCUUCCAACUCACAGGUGAGUGACCCAGAUCUUCCAGUAGGUUUGCUGUGGGUGGACAUUUCUGUGGGGGACUUUUAUGUCCAACUGACCACCAUGGGUGAGUUGGCAGCCGACUUGAAGCGUAUUAGCCCUAGUGAAGUCAUCAUGUCCAAAGAAUUCCAUCCAGACUCUACUCCGGAUCUGUGGAUUGUGCAGAUGGCCGAGUUAAACAAAUAUUUCAUCCGCUAUCAUAAGACAACGUAUCGAGACUUUAAAUUGGAGUUUCUGACUGAUAUCGUGGCCACUCGAAAACUCCUCGAGCUGUUGUCUGUACGUGAAGAGGCUGCCAUGAAUAUGGUGCUAUCGUAUGUCAAUUUCAACUUACCAGACAGAACACUACUGUUGGAGCCGCCAACACGGUAUAUCACUGAUAAGUAUCUUCAUAUGGACUCUAGAACACGAGAUGCGUUGGAGUUAACGGGACGAUCGACUUUUGAUACAGUUUCGGUGGUUGGAUCAUUGUUGAAUACCAUAAAGAGAACGGUGACACCUUCAGGAACUCGGCGCCUCGCGCAAUGGGUCAAGUCCCCCAUCUUGGACACAAAGGAACUACUCAGAAGACAGGGAUUUGUAUCACUCUUCAAGAACCAUUCGUUGUUGAGAUAUGAGAUUAGACACCAUUUGGCAAAUGUGGGAGACUUCACUCGUUCGUUGCAAAGACUAGCACUCAACACCGGCUCUCAGGUGGCCCACUUACAAGCUAUUGGUGAGGGAAUCACUCGGCUUGCUCAAUUGCUGGACUUGCUAGUCGGACACACGGAUCAUUUCAAGAAGAAAGAACAAGACUUAGUUCAACAGUUUCUCCAGCAAUUUGAUGUCCCUCAGAAUUUGGCUCUCGAAAUCCUUGAGACACUUCCCUCAGAACCCGUGAUAAAGAGAGCCCCAGAGAACUACGAUUCUGACCUUGAGUCUACUACUGAAGAAACCUCGGUGGAAAUGUACGUAAAUCGAGAAACACUUAAUAACAACCAGAUGGUUUUCUCUGUUCGGAAAGACCACAACAGUCGAUUGUUACUGCUCCAUGCAUCACUAGAAGAAGUGCUAAUCCUGGAACAUGAGAUGCUACAAGCCAUUCAGGAAGUAGUGGUGAAAGUGGAUUCCAGGGCCAAUGUAUCUGCUAAAGAUCAGUACGCCAAGUAUCUCAAUGUAAUCCACAUCUCGUGUCGACUGAAAUACUCUGACGCCAUAUGUGAGGCAUUGGGUGGAGAUAUUCGAGAGAAGAAGAAAACCAGUUUGAUCUACAAGCCUCGGCAGUGGGAAACCUUGCAAGAUGAAAAAGUGGGAAUCGUCCAGGCCAUUGAAACAGAAGAAAAAGAAAUCAUUAGCGUUCUCAAAGAUACGGUACUUGCUCGAGUUUCCCAGAUCAGAAACUGUGGCCGCAGUGGUGAUCUCAUUGAUAUCACAGCAUCAUUUGCUGUUUUCGCCGAAGAGAACGACAUGGUAUGUCCGAGAUUUGUCAAGAGCCCCACGCUCAAUGUCUCCAAGGGUCGACAUGUAGUAGUGGAGUCUAGCCUCAAGGCCAAUGGGCAGAUGUUUAGUGGGAAUGAUACCAAAUUGGGCACCGACGGGCACGUUUGGGUGAUCUCGGGCCCCAACAUGGGAGGAAAGAGCACGUACUUGCGUCAGAAUGCAUUGAUAGUGAUCUUGGCUCAAAUUGGGUCGUAUGUGCCUGCUUCAAGCGCAAGUUUGGGCAUUGUUGACCGCAUCUUCACUCGGAUUGGGGCAUCAGAUGACAUCUUCAGUGAUCUUAGCACAUUCAUGGUGGAGAUGGUUGAAACCAGCAACAUUUUGAAGAAUGCCACUGGCAGAUCGUUGGCUAUCGUGGAUGAGGUAGGUCGAGGUACAAGUGGCGACGAAGGAUUGGCUAUUGCUUAUGCGACGUUGGUGACAUUACUUCAGAAGAACAAGUGUCGAACACUAUUUGCAACGCAUUUUGGCAAGGAGAUCAAGACGCUUUUGGAGAGCGACGAUAUCUCCCUGAAAAGCCUACGUUUUUACCGGACAAAAAUCUUGGAACAUCCUGGAGACAAUGGGAAGGUUAAGUUCCUCUUUGAUCAUACCUUGGAACCUGGGAUCAGCAAGCGAUCGUAUGCGUUGGAAGUUGCAAGACUUGCUGGAUUUCCGGAGCAUCUGCUUGGAAUUGCGAGCCGGGCCCUAGAACAUAUGAAGCGGGAGAAAGGAGGCAAUAUUCAAAAUAAUGGGGGAUAA